GCCCCGGCGUGUCCGGCUGGGUCCUGUCCCGUAGCGUCUGUCCCCGCGCUCCUCACACCCUCCCCAGCUGAGGCGUUCACCAUUGUUCCCAGCGCAGCCAUGGCUCAGCACUUCUCCCUGGCCGCCUGCGACGUGGUCGGCUUCGACCUGGACCACACUCUGUGUCGCUACAACCUGCCCGAGAGCGCCCCGCUCAUUUAUAAUAGCUUUGCUCAGUACCUAGUCAAGGAGAAAGGGUAUGAUAAGGAAUUGCUUACUGUGACCCCAGAGGAUUGGGAUUUCUGUUGCAAGGGUUUGGCAUUGGAUCUGGAAGAUGGGACCUUCAUUAAACUUGCGGAUAAUGGCACUGUGCUCAGGGCAAGCCGUGGCACUAAGAUGAUGACUCCAGAGGCCCUGGCAGAGGCAUAUGGCAAGAAGGAGUGGAAGCAUUUUGUGUCUGACACUGGUGUGCCUUGCCAUUCAGGAAAAUAUUAUUUUUAUGAUAAUUACUUUGACCUGCCAGGAGCUCUUCUGUGUGCCAGGGUGGUGGAUUCCUUAACAAAGCAGAACAGUGAUCAAAAAACAUUUGAUUUUUGGAAGGAUAUAGUCGCUGGUAUACAACACAAUUUUAAAAUGUCAGCUUUUAAGGAAAACUCUGGACUAUAUUUUCCAGAAAUAAAGAGAGAUCCAGGCAAAUAUUUACACAGUUGUCCAGAAUCUGUAAGAAAAUGGCUUCGACAGCUAAAGAAUGCUGGGAAAAUUCUUUUGUUAAUUACCAGUUCUCACAGUGAUUACUGUAGACUUCUCUGCGAAUAUAUCCUUGGGAAUGAUUUUGAAGACCUUUUCGACAUUGUGAUUACGAAUGCAUUGAAGCCUGGUUUCUUCUCCCAUUCACCAAGUCAGAGGCCUUUCCGCACACUCAAGAAUGAUGAAGAACAGGAGGUGUUGCCAUCUCUGGAUAAACCUGGCUGGUACUCUCAAGGGAACGCUGUACACCUUUAUGAACUUCUGAAGAAAAUGACUGGCAAACCUGAACCCAAGGUUGUUUACUUUGGUGACAGCAUGCAUUCAGAUGUUUUCCCAGCGCGUCACUAUAGGAACUGGGAGACAGUCCUCAUUCUAGAGGAGCUCCAAGGAGAGGAAGCCUGGAAGCCUGAGGAGUCAGAGCCUCUGGAGAAGAGAGGAAAAUAUGAGGUACCAAAGACAAAACUUCUAAAUACCUUUUCUAAAAAAUGGGGCUCCUUUUUUAUUGAUUCAGUUUCACAACGGGAAAAUUCAGAGGACUCCUUGGUUUAUACAUGGUCUUCUAAGAGAAUCAAUACUUACAGCACUAUUGCAAUUCCAAGUAUUGAAGCAAUAGCAGAAUUACCUCUGGACUACAAAUUUACAAGAUUCUCUUCAAACAGUUCAAAAACAGCUGGCUACUAUCCAUUGGUCAAUUAUACCAAUGGUCUUAUUGAAUGAUGAGAUAUGGACAACAAGAUAAAUUAUCUCUACUAAAAAAUGAAGAACCACAUAUGCAGCAAAUGUACUGUAAAAAAUAUUAAUUUUCAAAGAAAUACUGUAAAAUGCUUUAUAUGAACAAAUUUUUAAUGAAAAUUGACCAAGAAAUUGAUAUUUGUCCAUAGAUCUGCUUUUUAUAUAAAUCAUUUUGAUGCUUAACAACUCUUGGAAUAUUAAAAUCCCAGUAUCCUAGAACUAAAAAGAACAUUAUUAGUAUUUUCUAUACCAAUAGCUUUGAAAUUAUAAUUCAGCUGGGGAGACCCACACAGUUUAUACAUAUGCCUAGUCUGGUGGUUCUCAAGUGUGUGUCCAGGGAUGCAUAGCAGCAUCACCUAGAACUUGAUUAUUCCAAUUUGAAGGCCCUAUCCCCAAACCUACUGAAUCAGAAACUGUGGGAGGUAGGCCCACCAGUGUGUUUUCUUAACAAGCCUUUCAGGUGAUUUUGAUUGACACUAGUUUGAGAACCAAUGACCAUUUACUCCAGAGUUUAGUUUAAUUUGUCUGGGUAAAUAGCUGAGCAUUGAUAUCGUUUAUAAUGUCUUUAUUAGUAAGUACAACAGAACUGCAAAUAACCAGUCUAUACCAAUUCCUUCAAUUUAGAGCCAAGAACAUUGAGCCCAGUGACAUUAAAUGAUUUUCCCAAACUAUUAGGUUUGAUAGUAUUCCUGUUUUUUUCCAAAAUAAGAAAAUACAUACAUGAUUUCUUCUGAUAUCACACAACCAUCAUGGGACAGAGAUGGUACUAGAAGCCAAUCCCAACCUUCAUUGUUACCCACUGUUUCCCCCUAUUAGGAAUUAAUAUUAAUAUUAAGGACUGUUUAAUUCAUUAUCAAUAACUUUAAGACAUGUUUCUCAAUAGGAUUAAAAAUUGAUUCUAGGGUACAAAACAAUCUUCAGUAACAGUAGAUUCUGGCCUUUUAAAUUCAAAAAUACCAAGAAAAUUCAUUUUUAUUCCUUGGCAUUGAAUUUUCUUAUUAGGUAAAUGUAGUUUUUUUCUUUGAGAGGGAGGGUGAUGAAGAAAAUGUUGAGAAACACUAUUUUAAGGGGUUUAUAGGUUUAUUACAAUCCAGGAUAUGUUGUGCUUAGUCAUAUUAGUAGCUAUUUGUUAUAAGACAUUUGGAGCCAGAUAAUGUUUAUAGUAAAUUCCUAACUACUUUUUAUGCUAUAAUUUCACUAUUCAUCAUGGACAGGACCAGAAAACAAUACUGGUCAUUAAUAUUAUUUUACUUGUAUUAUAGCAGAGAACUUAGCAUGGACACAUGCAGUGAAGAGAUAUUUUGUUAAAAUUUGUAAAUAUUUGAGAAAUCUCAAAUACACUGUGGGAAUGAUUAUCUCAGGGUAAGAAACUUUUUUUUUUUUCCCCUCAAAGUCAGUAGCUUUGUUUGAUAUCUACCAAUAAGUAUAUGGUGAUGUAUUUGAAAUUGUUAUCCAGAAUGUCAUUGAAAUAUUACAAUGUGCAUAUACAAUCAAGCUUAGGGCUAAAUGAAGAUGCUAACUCGUGUAUGCUAUAGAGAUCUGAUUUUUUAAUAAAGUAUUUUUCCUUA